AUCCUCAAUUCGUUCAUCUCAUCUCCAUCUCACGGUGUGUACCCUCAAUCCCCGGAUAGAACGAUCCCUAUUUGCUUAUACUACUAACGAUAUUUUCAGGGUUAAAUUAUGCGCUCCCAAAAGCGACAUCACUGGUCCGUUGGACCAUACGGACUGAUCGAGACGGUUGGUGAGGAUGUUCAAGGUGUUGGCGUGAGUCAUACUUACCUUAUUUAUAUAGAUAUUCUAUAAUAUUCUGUGAUCUACAAUUUCUGUAAUAUCUGUAGUAUUAUUUGAUUUACUACUUACCUUAGGAAUAGUACUUGUCUUAUUAAGCACAAUUGUAAUUUGUAUAUAAUUCCUUCUUGUAAGGUGAAUGAAUAUAGAAUUAUUCAGCCAAAAUUGUCUCUUGUUUCUUGUUAUAUUUUGACUUGGUAUCAGAGCAAAGAUCUGAUCCUGGACUCUGACUCAUUGUUCUUUGAUCCUUGACCCUUGUUCAUUGUGCUUGGAUUUGUUCCUUGUCCUUUGAUCCUUUCAUCACCGUUGCCUUCUUAUACUUCCAAGAACUUUGUUGUUUUUUCUUCCGCUGCGUAUUCACCAUGGGAAAGGAUCAAGAUUUUUCGACCGUAAUCAAGCAAGAUGGAGAUGGUGAGACAUCUCAUGGUUCCAACCAAAUUUUUGUCUCCGUUAAAGAUGAUUCAACUGGAAGUUGUGGAGGUGUCAAGCUCAAUGGCUCUAAUUUCCGAACCUGGAAGAAGAUGAUGGAGGCUCACCUCUGUGUAAUCGAUAAGGUGGGCUAUGUUGAUGGUUCAAUUGCUGAACCACCAAUUGCAGCCAACAAUUAUUCAAAAUGGAAAACUGCAAAUGGCUCGGUAACCUCUAUUCUUUACAAAUCCAUGACUGAAGAUGUUUCACAAAUGAUUAUGGGAUGUAAUACGGCUGAAGAAAUUUGGGAAAGCCUUAAGGAGAUCUACUUUAACGGAACAGAUUUUGCCGAGGUAUAUGAGUUGAACACUCAAGCCGCCCGUAUGACACAAGAUGGAAAACUAGUAGCCAUGUAUUUAGCAAAACUAAAGGGGAUUUGGCAAGAAAUUGAUCAGAUGCGCCCAUGUCGAAUGAAGUGCCCGGAUGAUGUCAAGAUUUAUAAGGAGGAGAAGGAUCUCAUGAGAGUUCAUGUUUUUUUGGCUGGCCUAGAUCCAAUAUUUGAGAAUGCAAGGAGCGAAUUACUUCGCCAGACUACCACACCAAUCUUGCAGCAAGCCUUUGCUUAUAUUCGCAAAGAUGAGACCCAGAGGGCUGGAACUAGAGCAGUUACUUCAGAAGUUGCAGGCCUUGUAAUACAAUCAAAGCCAUCCAAUCCCUCAAGAAUCGGUCACUCUCAGGCAAUCGGCCUCCUUCUUCUUUGCGUCCCUCUCCUCAAGGUCCUCCUUCCGGGUUCUCCUCAAAUUUGACUUGUAACUACUACAAGAAUCCAAGCCACAUCAAA